AUGUCAACAUUACAAGAAGAAGUUCCGACGAAUACUUCUGAAGAUUUCGGUUUUAAAAGUUUAGGUCAAAAGAAUAUAUUACCUUCGUCAGAAGAAAGUUUACCAUUCGCGUCUUUGGAACAUUUUAGCAUUCUUAAUGGUAAAUCAUUAUACAUUGCAUAUUCUAAUGAUAGAUUAAUAAUUGGGGAUUUACAAAUCCUAAGAGAUUUUGUUCAAAAUAAAGAAGAACUUAGUAGAGAUGAGCUAGAUAAACUGUUUGAAGAAACUAUUCCAGAUGUAAUAUUUUGUGGCUUUAAUGCAAAUGGUAAAGCUAUUCUUGUUACUAAAUCAGGAGCAAUAAUUACAAUCGAUACAAAUUCUUUUGAAAAAUCACAAGAAUCGAUAGAAUUAAAUAAAACAAUAAUCACAGCAAAAUUAUUUCAUAAUUUAUUAUGGAUUUUAGACGACCAAAACACUUUAUUUUAUUUUGAUCCAAUAAAUCAUAAGACAUCUGAAACUAUUAAAGAUAAUGUCAGUUCAUUUGACCUGUAUGAUGAUAAAUUAUACCUAUUAUUAAAUACUGAAACUGAAAAUAUUCAAAUAUUUAAAGGUGAAAGAUCACCAAAACUAGAAAAAUCAUUCUCAAAUCCAGAUGAAAUAAAUGAAACAAUUAACGAUGAUUCCAUGGAACCAACAAGUAUUUCGGUCGUUUCCGAAAAGAAACUUUUAAUAGUUUAUGGUAAUAAUGUGUCUCCAGAUGAUGAAGAUAUAAGUUAUGAUCAAAAAAUGUAUAUCGCUGAAUUAAAUGACGAUGAAACAUCUCUUACGUUCCAUGAAUCUUUUGAUAUUGAUCCACCUUUCGGUAGUGUAUUAAGAUAUCCAUAUUUUUACAAUAUCCUUUUUAAAAAUUUAAUCCCAGAUUGUGAUUUCAUUAGCGUAUUGGGAUCAUCCUGCGCAAGUGAAUUAACAAUAUAUGAUUCAAAAGAAGUUGUUCAACCAUCACAGGAUAGUGAAAGGGCUGUACUGCCUAUAAGUCAAAUUACAGAUAACGAUACUAACCCUACUGGUUUAGCAUUGGAUAUCUCUACUAGUGGUAAAAUCUUUGAUGUGUGCUUAGGAGUUGAUGAAAUUGAAAGAUUACCAUUGAUAUAUAUAUUAAAUAAUGAAGGUGAUUUACAAAUUGUAGGUUUGUUCCAUUCAACAGCUAUUAAAGAGGGAAAAUUUAAUUUAUCCAGUUUAGAAGAUGAUUUGCAUAAAAAUAAUAGAAUUGUUCCUUUAACUACUGAAGAUACCUUUGCUGUAAAUGUUAAUAAUGAACAACCAGCCCAAGUUGACGAAAGCAUCAAGAACGAACAUAAAGAUGAUUCUCAAAGUAAGCCAACAUUUGGUAAACCAUUUGGAUCUACUACCGAAAACCCAUUUACGUCUCAAGCAGAUACUUCUAAUUUAGUAUCACCAUUUGCCAGUCUCUCUACGAAAUCAAAUUCUGACGAGAAAACUGCAAGUGAAGCAUCGUCAGCCUUUACUGCGAAUAAACCAUUUUCAUUCGGACAAGCGUCAACACCGCAGUCUUCAUUGGGUCAAACGUCACUUGGUCAAACUUCGUUCGGUCAUACAUCAUUCGGUCAAACAUCAUUUGGUCAAAAGCCAUUUAGUGAGAAACAAGAUACUACAUCGUCUGCAUUUGGAAAGCCAGCUUUUGGAAAUUUGACUUUAGGUCCAACGGCAGAAAAUAGCACAGAAGAACAGAAGGAACAGGAAAACUCAGUAUCAAGUUUUGAUUUGAAUGCAACAAGUGAAAACAAACCCGAACAAAAUCAGAAUACCUUUGGCAAUACUUCAUUUGGGGCUCCAUCUUUCGGUGCACCAUCUUUUGGGACGUCAACAUUAAAUACAGGGGUCAAACCCACUGAAUCGGCGUUUGGUAAACCUUCUUUUGGAACUCCAUCUUUUGGGCAGUCUACGAAACCAGCUCCUUCUUUUGGUGCAACAGGAUCAGUAUUCGGUUCUAUAGGGAAUCAAGAAUCUCCAUUUGCUAACAUCGGAAAACAGGAAUCUCCUUUUACUACCGUAGGUAAGCAAGAAUCUCCUUUUGCUAACAUCGGAAAACAGGAGUCUCCAUUUGCUAACAUCGGAAAACAGCAGUCUCCAUUUGCUAAAAUUGGAAAACAGCAGUCUCCAUUUGCUAACAUAGGAAAACAAGAAUCUCCAUUUACUAACAUAGGUAAGCAGGAAUCACCUUUUGGUGAUUUUAAGAAGGCUUUGCCAGAUUUAGAUAAAGAAGAAAACGGAGAACAAACAAAGAAUGAAGAAAGCUCAGAUACAGAAACCAACCAAGAUCAUGCUGAUUCAGAGAAGAAGAAAAUUAUUAAUGAAGAUGGUGUUGACGAAAAGAAAGAAUCGACUAUCGAAUCAUUGACUAACAAAAUUAAGAAGUCUGCUAAUAUUUCAGCUGGUAGCCUUGAAUUUCCAUCUUUCACUAAACCACCUUUAGAGAAUGCAGCUCUUUCUCCAUCUCCAUUUUCUUCGUUUGCCAAUAAAAUUAAGGAACCAUCAAAUGCAUUUACUUCAUUUUCUAUGGAAAACAAUCCGGCAAUAACGUUGAGGGACUCUUCACCGGUAUCUGAAGAUGUUUCUGAAACCUCGGAGGGAGAUAUAGUUGAUGAAAAAGGAACAGAUGAUGAAGAACUAGAACAAGAUCUUUCUCAAGAUGUGAUCAAAAAUGAAGUUGUUCCUGAAAUAAGAGAAUCAGAACCUGAAAUGGAAAAGUCUAGCGAAGAGCUUGAAUUAGAUGCAACAGAAUCGGAGAAUGAGCCUGAAUCCGAUUUAGCCGAGCAAAAAGACGACCAAACUAUAAACCAUGAAAUAUUGCCUGAAGACGCAGACUUGGAAGUAAUUAAAAAGACAAAAUCAAUUGAAAAUGUACUCAAAAGUAAUGACUCUAUUCCUUCUUCAACUUUGCAAUAUGGUGAUUCGCCAAGAAGUAUUGAAGAAUUAACAGGUUCCCCUGAAGCUGCAGGUGAAUUUCCACUUGGAAAUGAUCUCAAUGAAUCGGAUGAAAAAGUUGAAUCGUUUGAAGAUUUAUCUGGUGUUGCAACAUCAGAUGGAGAAGGUGUUAAUGGUGAAAAUGAAGAGGCAAAAUCUGAAAUGGUAUCGAAUGGAAUUCAAGCUAUCUCAGAAACAAAUUCAAUAGAUAUACAGACAGAAAUACCGGAAGUUGAUGAUAAAUGUAUACCGCUAACCACUUCUAUCGAUGUAGAAGUCCAAACAAAAGAAUAUAGAACAUGUAAUUUUGAGAUGCAGGCAUUUGAAGGUGGUGAAUCAUAUCUUGCUGAGCUUCAUAAGCCAGCUCCAUUAAAGGAUUAUUACACAUAUGCUGAUAUUAAAUCUAUGCCACCUUUAAGUAAAGAUCCUAUUAUGAGCUCUAUGGAGAAAACUUACUAUUUGAUAGAAGCAGAAUUGGGUGUUUUAACGGAUAAUAUAACGAAUUUGGACAAAUUUUUUAUUGAUCAAAAUACCUUAGAACUUGAAAAGAGAACUGUUGAGACACUUCCAAAUUUAUAUACUUGGAGAAUUUCAGAAACUCAAAGAUUAUGUGAUUUAAUCGAUGGUUUAAAGGAUGGUUAUUUAUCUAACGGUAACAAAUUAGAAGAGUUAAGUGAAAGUAUUUCAGAAUCUACAGUUCAAGUAUUGAAAACUAAAAAUGAAAUGGAUGAAUUAAAAGAAUUUAUUUUCCAAGUUGAAUACAUGGCUGAUACUGCACAAAAUAAUAAGUAUUGUAGAUUAGGUCUUCAUCAAACCAAGAUGCAAAGUAAGUUACGUCAAAAGAUGAGUAGAACGUAUGAUGAAUUACAAAGUAUUACUGAAUCGUUGAAUAUAUUAAAAGUGUAUAUCUCGAAGGAUAGUGUUGUUGAACGGGAUAUGUUAAUCGAGAAAAUGGAUGAAACUAAGAAACACCAUCAAGGUGUAUUAGCCACUAUCAAAAAACUACAGGAAGAUAUUGAGAGAUUGAAUAUGAAUUCUAGGGUGGAGAAAACGGAUGAUUUGGAUAAAUAUGAAGAUUUUGCAAAGGAAGAUAUUACGUCAAUUGAUAUAGUUGGACUUGGUAUAGAACAAAAUACCAAGAAACAACUUGGUAGUUUCUUCAAGAGACUAAAUAAAGAGGUCAUUUAA